AUGUUAAAUCGUUCGUCCUCUUCUUCCUUCGUUUCUUGCUUCCGCUCCACCACUCUCCCCAUGGAUCUCGACCCACCAGCGAAGGAGCCACCGCCGGCGUCGCACACCUCCGGCACCAACAACCUCAGCACCUGCGUUUACAACACCGACUUGGGCGUCUUUGUUCUCACCUGGUGCUGCAAGGUAAUUGGCAGAGCUCUCCAUAUCGACCUCCGCUUGGACGACCAUGAUGAAGAUGUCUCCUUUCGUCUCCGCAUCAAACCUUUUCUCUUUUGGGGAAGACACGGUUCAAAGAGAUUCAAUCUGAGUAACCCUACAAGGAAGGUUGAAAUCUUCUGGGAUCUCACCAAAGUCAAAUUCAAUUCAGACCCAGAACCCCAAUCUGGGUUUUACGUUGCCGUUGUUGUUGAUGGCGAGAUGAUCCUUCUUGUCGGCGAUUCCUACAACGAAGCUUAUAGCAAAACCAGAGCAAGGAAGCCAGAGAGAACCCCGGCUUUGAUUCUGAGGAGAGAGAAUGUUGUGGGCAACAAGUAUUACAAAACGAAAGCAAGAUUUGGGGGUAAGACCAGAUGUAUCUCCAUUGAUUGCAACAUGGGUUCAGGGGAUGAGCUUAGCCUCUUUUUCUGCAUCGAUGGAAAGAGUGUUUUGGAGGUGAAGCGAUUGAAGUGGAAGUUCAGAGGGAAAGAGAGGAUUGAAAUUGAUGGUGUCCCAAUUCAGAUUUCGUGGGAUGUUUACAACUGGUUGUUCGACGAUGCUAAGAAUGGGCAUGCUGUGUUCAUGUUCAGGUUUGAGAAAAUGGAGGAGUUGGACGAGAAUGGGAUUGUUGGGUUACCGUUACAACAACAACCCUGUGGGUUUGGGAUGAAUGGGUUCGAGUGGAAGAAGAUAAAGAAGAGUUUGUUGAAGACAAGGAGCUUGUCGUUUUCGUCGAUGUCUUCAGCUUCGUCUGGUUGCAGUUCUUCUGUAAUGGAGUGGACUAGUACAGAAGAAAGCGAAUUGAUGAGCCCAUCUGGGUUUUCAUUGUUGGUUUAUGCUUGGAGGAGCUGA